AUGCGGCAGUGGAGCAACGCGGAGCUGAUGGAGCUCGCAGCGGCUGUCGUUUUCUGCCGGCGCAGCGGGGAAGUCACGUGGCGGAGAGGCAGCAGGGGGAACGCUUACUGGCGGCAGGUGUGGCGCGUGAUCCGGCGGGGGAAUCCCGAAUGGCGGCGCAUCCCGACGGCGAUGUCGCAGCAGUGGAAGCGCAUGAAAUCGCGAUACGACGCGGAGACGCUCGACCCGCGGCGGAAGCGGCAGCGGCGGCGGGGGACGGGGCGGUGUCCCGCAAAUGGGAGGGCGGGCGCGGAGCAGCUGGCGGGGGGCGCGGGGCAGCAUACGGGGAACGCGGAGCAGCUGGGGGGGGACGCGGAGCAGAGAGGUGGCGCGGGGCAGCAGGCGAGGGACGCAGAGCAGCGGGCAGGGGGCGCGGGAGGACAGCAGGCGGAGAGCGCGGAGCAGCAGGCAGGGGGCGCGGAGCAGCAGGCGGGGGCGUCGGUUCAGCAGCGGCAGGGAGGGUCUACUAACGUGGAUGAGCGACCCGUAGCAGGGGGGAGCACAUUCGAGAGGAAUGGGUGGAAUGAGCACAUUCAAGCUCAACCGGCGUGGUUUGAAUACAUUCGCAUGUUCUACCGGACUGAGCUGCAGGCGAGGAGAGACGUUGCUGUGAAAAGGACUAGAAGAGCAGCUAGAGCGUCAGCAGCAGCUGUUGUCGCUACGGCCUUUACUGCACCGAAACAGCCUGCUGAAAUGCCAGCGUAUGCGUUUCCUGAGAGCAUUGGUUUAGGCAACCUGCUGCGCCUGCCUGGUAACAGGGUUACGUUUGCUGCUGGCGCUACAGCCCCCCUGCCCGCUACAGCCCCUCGACUUGCUACAGCAGCCCUGCCUGCUACAGCCCCCCUGGCUACUACAAAUUUCCAGCCGACAAGUUAUGAGCUUUCUGCAGCCUACAGACAAGCGGCAGCGGCACCGGGUAAUUUGGCUGCUGGGGGCGGCUCACUGCGUGGUAGGGCUGGUAGAAAGGAGCAGCGGGAGCGGAAUGAGGGAAGAUUUGCAAUGAGGGGAACGGAGGGGCUCACAGGAGGCGGAACGGAUCCGAGCGCAGGGGUUGUGGGCGAGAGGGUGGGUGAGAGGGUGGGGGAGAGAUUGACUGCAGCCAUGGGUGCUGCUGUGAGAAAUGUGUGCGCUCAGUUUGAUGAGCUUACUCGGGAGUUGCUGCAAGAUGCUAAUUCAAGAUUUGAGGAGCUGUCGCAGCGAUUGGCGGAGAAUGCUUGUGUGCAAUUUGAACAGUUUGCGAAGGAAUUAAUGGAGGAGACAGGAGCGAGGAGCAAACAGCUCACUGGGGACUCGGGAGUUGCGUUUGAGAAUUCUCAAGAGGAGCUUAUUCGGCUCUCGGGAGCUUCUGGAGGAAGCGUCUCGCCGUUUGAGGAGCUGUCACAGCGAUUGGCGGAGGAUUCUUUCAUGCAAUUUGAGGAGAUUGCGAGAGUUGAUGGCCGAGACUGUGGGGGGGGCUGGCCAGGCCGGAGUGAUGAGGGCAAGAGGCCCUCCUGGGCCUGCCUGGUCAGCCCCCCCUCACAGUCCGAGGAGUUGUCGCAGCGAUUGGCGGAGGAUGCUUCCGUGCAGUUGACUAAACAGAAGAGCACUGCUGCUGUGAUAUUUGAUGCUACUUGGCAGCAUUGGCGGCUCAUUUCUAACCAAUGGAUUUCCGUCGAGCCAUCGUCGCCAGCCACCAUGACGACUGUCGCCGACUUUCACUCCACGCGCUACACCAGCUGGUGCCCGGAGCGCAAAGAAAUCGAGCGAUGGGCGAGCACUGUCGCGGAAGGCGGAGCUCCCAAGGACUGCCGUUUCCAGCCGCUGACGCUGCUGCCAGAGGAUCAAGAGAACGGGGAGGCUUGUAACGAGUACGACUACGCGGCGUGCGCGGAGGAGGAUCUCGACGCGUACCUCGAGUCGCUUCCGAAGUCGACCCGAUGGACAGAGCUGGAGGCGUCCUGUGCGUGGCUGGACCAGGCCAACAUCCGCAUUGAGGAGUUGGAUCUCACGCACGGGCUGCCGGAGCACCUCGCGUGUCCCCAAGCUCGCCGCGCCAUAAGCACCACCACCCAUCACUCCGCUCCCUCUCAUCCUCUCUCCUGA